AUGCAAUUAAAUCAAAUAGCAGUUUUGGCAUUGUCGGUUGCUCCAAUUAUCGCUUCAGGUGUCGCUAGGCCUGGGGCAAUUCCUGCCAGUGAUGAAGAUGAUACCGAUGACAAGACCCAAGUGACCACCACCAGUAGUUCGACUUCCAAAAAAUCCCUGUCCCAUGCCACUUCCACUACCUCCAAUAGAAAUAUCUUGAUCACUGCCAUUUCUACAGACUCCGUCGAUGAUAGUGAUGAUAGUGAUGAUAGCGAUGAUGAUGAUGACUCUUCUUCUUCCUCUUCUUCUUCCUCCUCCUCCUCCUCUAUGGCUAGUGGUUGGAGAAUCAUUUCUACCAGCUCAAAUAGCUCGGCUAAACAUUCCCAUACCAGCUCUGAGCAGACCACCCUCAGUACCCAAACUUACCAAAAUUCCAGCUCAUCAUCAUCAUUUUCCAGUACCACCUUCAUUAGCACCACUAGUCUGAACUCCACCGCAACCACUACUAAAAAGAAGAAGAAGAAGGACACCUCUUCUGAAGAUAAAAAGAAGAAGAAGAGUUCUAGUAGUGCCACCGUCAAGAGUGAAGCUGGUGCCGCUCAAUUGAAGUUGAAUGUUCCAUUUUAUGGUAAUCUCAACCGUGAUAACAGUGGGAUGAUUCAAGGAAUUGCCAUUGGUGGUUUUGCAGUAGUCGCUGCCAUUGCCUUGAACAGCCAUUAUUACAAAAUACAAACAAAUGAAAAUCAGUAA